UUUUUAUGUUAAGUUUCGGAUCACAACAAUACCUAUAAAGAAAGAGGUGAUAAGGGAAGCUCGAUUUUUAUUUCUUACCAGCCCUAUUCGGGACCAUGGCAAAGAGCUUCCAUAGCUUCUCGGGAUUUGUGACAUGGAUACUCUUUCUAGGAACAACUGGCUUAUGGAAUGCCGCACAGGGUUACACAUACGGCAAUGAAAAUGUCUGUAUGCUCAACGAAACACGAACAAGGCAAACGGAAGCUCCAUGCAAAGACUAUCUUGACAUGGUGCUGAUAGAUAACCCAUAUACGUUGAUGUUGAAGGAAAGUUUCACAACACAAGAGGAAUAUGACAACAGAAUUAACAUACUAAUGGACAAAGAUCCGAAAUAUACAAACAAGCAAUGUAUAUUUUCAAGAUCGUACAUAGAACAAAUACCGGGAUGUUGCCCUGGUUGGACGGGACCAAGUUGUCUAACAGCAAUUUGUGAGCCACCGUGUUCCAGUAAUGGUCGGUGUACUAGUCCACACGUGUGUACCUGUCAACCAGGAUUUACAGGGGCGUUCUGUGAUGAAGUCGUACUAGAUAUGAACGCGGUCAAACAGUACUGUUACAGUAGCCCAUACUGUCAUGGUGAGAAGGCCGAGGGAUUUGAAAACCAACUCAGUUACGAGGACGACUGCUGCAAAGGUGGCGGUGCUGGCUGGGGAGCAAGUGGGGGCAAAUGUGAAGACUGUUCUGUCGUAUAUGGCGGAGAGGGCGUUGUGGAACAGGUCAAGGAUGUGGGCUUCAGAACCUGCCUUAAUUGUGGGAGCAGCUACUACAGGACGUUUGAUGGUCGCGAAUAUCAGUUUCAAGGAAGGUGUAAAUAUACGAUGGCCGCGGACAGCCAAGGCAAAUGGCAGGUGGAUAUUGAACCCAUCGACUGCGAUGUAUUUGAAACCUGCAGGAAAGAAGUUACAAUAAUUGUUGCAUCCGGUGAAAACUUAUCAGUGAAAACUGGAGAGGUUUUUGUAGAUGGCGUAGAGUUUACAGUAACAACUGAAGCUAAAAGCACAGCGGGAAACACAUACACUAUUCUGAAGAAAGGCGACUGGAUUAUGAUCACAACAGCAAACAACAACCUGCGAUUGAAGGUAGACUACUUUUCAACAUGCUAUUUGACGCUUGACGACAGUUUGCAUGGAUCAACAAGUGGACUCUGUGGAAAUUUUAACGAGGACUUCAAAGACGAUUUGAGAACAAAGGCUGGAGAACUCACAACAAAUCCAUCAAAUUUCGGUAACUCAUGGAGAACCGAUAGUUCGUGUUCACCAACGGGACCCAUUGUCGACAAUUGUCAGGACAUUGCAAUGAAAUCUGAAGCGAUGGAAGCAUGUGGUAUACUCAGAACUGGACUUUUUAGAGACUGCAGGGCUAAGAUUAGCUACGUGAGUUGGUACCAGAUGUGUGUGAAUGAAUAUUGUAAAGCAGGUGUAGAUCAAAAGGAAAACGUGCGAUGUUAUCAUGUUGGCGCAUUCGCCCAUGAAUGUGCCCAGGUAGAUAUUAUUGUCUCCUGGAGAAGCAGGGACGUUUGUGCUCCUUCCUGUCCCAACGGUCUUAUAUAUAAUGAAUGCAGCUCGCCUUGUCCACGAUCAUGUUCAAACGUUUUUGCUGAUCUGUCAGAAAGUUGUUCAACAAAAGGUCCAUGUGUGUCCGGGUGUGAAUGCCCCGGAGGCACUAUCCUUCAGGAUGGCAAAUGUGUGUCGCCAGACGAAUGUAACUGUAACUACAACAAAGAAUCCUACCCACCAGGAUCAGUUAUGAAGAGAGAUUGUAAUGAGUGUGAAUGCGACAAAGGUAUAUGGAUAUGUACAGAGGAGAGAUGUUCAAGUACUGCUAGGAUGAUCGGCAUGUCGCACAUCAAAACAUUUGAUGGACAAGAAUACGAUCUGGAGCCAAACGUGGCAAAAUAUGUUUUUGUUGAGCGCAAUGACGCAGCCGAAGCGGACUCCCGUUCAGACCUUACUGUUUCGAUGUCCUUCGACAGCUGCCCUGUUCUAGAUUCGUCAUACAACAGAAACUGUCUCCUUUCCAUUCACAUUACGUACAAAAGCACACUCAUCACACUUCGAGGUACAGAAGUACUGGUCAAUGGUGAAGUCAUUCAUGGAAAUAGUUUCUAUUAUUUCCAUUCUCAAGACGUUUACAUCAAACAGGCCACGAAUCUAUACAUAAUGGUAAAAGGAUUUGGAUUCCAGCUUCUGUAUGAUCGAUCACGAGCAGUAUAUUUAACCCUCGACAGGUUUUAUAUGCACAAGGUUCGUGGUUUAUUUGGCACGUACAACGAUAAUAGGAAAGAUGAUUAUAUGGCAAGGAAUGACUUCCCUUCGACCGACACACAUGUUUUUGCCCACGAUUACAGUGAUAGCAUUGAUUCGCCAAAACGAUACAGCGGUUCCCAUCAAACCGCCGCCGUGGCAGAAGAAGCGACUAAGUUAUGUGAACUCCUCAGCAGCCACGAGGUGUUUGCUGGAUGUCUGGGACGUAUUGAUGUGAAAUUUUACAUAUCCAAAUGUGAAGACGACUAUAUGGCUAGUAGUGUUGGAGGCCGUGACCAAGUAUUUUGUGAUGUAACAGCCGCUAUGGCUAUGGAAUGUGCAAAUAUCGGCACGGAUUACAUUGUUGCAUGGACAGCAGCCACAGAAUGGAGAACAAAAUGCAUGGCAUAUUCCCAGUGUACCUAUGGCGGAGCCUAUACCGAGUGUGCCUCCGUAUGUUACGGGCGUUGUCGGGACACACAAAUGUCUGAUAUGACCUGUCAGGAAUUUUGCGUACCUGGAUGUCAGUGUCCACAAGGACAACUGUACAAUGGCGAUGGACAAGGACCUUGCGUAACCCUUGAUCAAUGUACAUGUUUCAAUCGUUACGAUAGUAGUUAUGUUGAACCAAACACCGUUACCAGGCAGGGAUGUACAAAUUGCACCUGUGUAAACGCAACAUGGUCGUGUGACAACGAAAACUGUGACGAAGACAUUAUUUGUCCAACCACCCAAAUAUACAGGAAGUCCAUCACAGGUUGUGAGCCAACAUGUGACACCAUUGACCGAAAUGUGACAUGCUCCUCUGCCAUCACAUACGACGGAUGCGGAUGUCCGGAUAAUACAUAUAAAACCCAUGACGGACGCUGUGUAAAGAAAAAUCAAUGCCCGUGUAAACGUGGAGAAGAACACUUCGAACCAAACUCACUGUUUGAGGAUUCCUGCAAGACAUAUCGCUGUACGGACAGACAUUGGUUGAAAAUUAGUGAAACCGAUUGCCCAGGUGUGUGCUGGGCCUCGGGAGAUCCUCAUUACCAGACGUUUGACGAGGUCCACUACUCCUUCCAAGGAAAUUGCGAGUACACGCUUGUACGGGACAGCGGUGCCUACAACCGGGAAUUCGAAAUCAGUACUACCAACGUAGAGUGUGGAACUACUGGUGUAUCAUGUACAAAAUCUAUCACCGUCAAAACGGGUCCCACAUCAAUUCGUCUAGUGCGUGGACAUCCAUUGACAAUUAAUGAUGUUGCUUAUACUGAUAGCCAGAUAACCUUCGCCAAUCUCAACAUCACUGUGGAGUUUCCUUGGACAUCCGUCUUUUUUAACGAUUUCUCUGUGCUUUGGGAUAAUGGAACCCGAGUAUUCAUUUUCCUUGAUUCUAAAUGGAAAGGACGUGUGGAAGGUCUAUGUGGUAACUUCGAUGGAAUUGACAAUAACGAUUUCCAGUCACAGAGCGGCAUUACAGACCCUACUGACAUAAAUGCUUUUGCAAAUUCCUGGAAGAAAGCAACAGACUGCCCUGAUGUUGAUAGUGACCGGAACGAGCUUAUACCUUGUUCGGGAAGCCAAUCUGUCCGAAAGAGUUGGGCGGAAGAAAGCUGUAGAAUUAUAAAAGAAGGCGAUUUGUUCCAAAAAUGUAGGGAUAAAGUCAGUAAUUACCAAGACUAUUAUGACGAUUGCUUGUUUGACGCAUGCAGUUGUGAUAAAGGAGGAGACUGUGAAUGCUUGUGCACAGCUAUUGCCAAUUUUGCGGAACAAUGUAACAGAAUUGGUGUGUUUGUGAAGUGGAGAACACCACGAUUCUGCCCCAUUAUGUGUGAAAAUGGAUUACGAUAUACCCCAUGUAUGUCUCCCUGUCGACAAACAUGCAAAAAUAUUGGCAACGAACCAGAGCCUUAUUGUAACAGUACACAAUGUAUAGAAGGCUGCUUUUGUCCCGAAGGAUAUAUUCAGCACGACGAUGGUUGCAUACCGGCUGAUGAAUGUCCAUGCUAUGAAAAUGGUCUUGAACACCCCAGCGGAUCUGUAAUAACCCACGAAUGCAUGAAAUGCACUUGUAUUCGAGGCAAAUUUGAAUGUGAAGGCUACAACUGCAAGCCAACAUGUAAAGAUGAUCAGUUUACUUGUGAUGAUGGGCAGUGUAUAGGGGAGGUGUACGCAUGCGAUGGACAUUUUGACUGCAGAGAUGGAUCGGACGAAGCAAAGUGCAAUUGUACCUCGUCACAGUUUACCUGUCAGAAUGGGGCUUGUAUUGAUAUAAAAGACAGAUGUGAUGGUUUUAAAGAUUGUGCUGAUUCAUCAGAUGAAUGGUAUUGCAAACAUGAAUGCGAGUCAUCGUCUUAUGAGAUCUUCCAAUGUGAAAACGGUGAUUGCUUGCCUGCGUCUUUCCGAUGUGAUGGACAUUAUGAUUGUCGAACAGAUAUAUCUGAUGAAGCAAAUUGUACCAUACAUGAAGAGUGUGAUCUUCUGCAACAGUUCAGAUGUAUUGAAACUGGGAAAUGCAUACCCAAAACUAUGAUUUGUGACGGCCAUGACGACUGUGGAGAUGGCAAAGAUGAAGAUGAUUGCACAACAUCAACUUCUACGACAACUACUAUGACGACAACUACAGCAACAACUACUACGACGUUACCAUCCACAACGCCAGAAUGUGAAUACGUGAAUGGGUUUGAAGGAGGAUUUGUGAGACAAGACGAUGUCAGUGUUUUGUCAGAUGGAAAUACCUUUGGAGUAUCCCGUGAUAUAUUUCCAGAUAAAGGACUAAUAAUUCCAUGGUCAAAUAUAACAAUUGAAAUUGUAUUGAAACAUUCCGUAAAGCUUGGAUUCCUAGUGUUCAAAAAUCCCGAGGGAAGUAACAUAGACCAAGUACAGGUGAACGUCGAUGGACGGGAAGUUGCAACAACUAGCGUUGCAAAUCCAAUUCCUUUACACGGUGUUUUGAGUGACAAUGUAGUGAUAUUAAUUAAGAGUAGACUUAGCAUCGCAAUUGGCGUUACAAUCAGCAUUGAACUUCAGGCGUGCUUUUACGUGUCAUCAACAACUACAAUACCAACUACGACGACAUCUACGAGUGCUUAUACGACGUCAGCUUUUACCUCAACUCCAACAACUUCAGUAACAACAACAUCCAAACCUUGUGAAAUAACAGAAGGAAUGGGGUCACCAAUGAAAAUCCGCGAUUCUGCUAUUUCUAUAACAAAUGGCUAUGGAGAUGAAAACAUAUCUGAUCUGAGACCAGACGGUGCAGGUGUAUUGUUCAAGAGAUAUGCCUACCUUAAUAUAAACUUUGAUGAAGUGCCAGUGAGAUUAUCAUUGAUGAAUGCGACAUCGAAUUCGCCCUUCCACAUCAAAGUGUACAUUGUUAGCGAUGCUGGAGACACUACAGAUGUAGGGGAAUACGUAACAACUUCGAUUGUGCAUUUUGAUGGCCAGACUUUUGUCAAGCGACUUCAGAUAUAUUUCCUGGAGGAAGGAACCAUUAACUUGGAAUUGUUCGGCUGCUUCCACUACGAAUCAACAACUGUGCCAACAUCAACAACAUUGUCUUCAUCAACAACAACACCAUUUGGAAGUACGACACAAACAAUUUCAACAGAAAAGACAACUAUUUCUUCAACAGAGGGUACAACAACUGUGCAUGGUCCAUCACCAAAGAUUUCAACAGAAAUGACCACUUCAAUGGAGGGGACAACAUCAAGAACAACAACGAAAGGCACAACGGGAGGCACAACAUCUCCACAAACAGCAUCAACAACUGAAGGAACAACAUCAACAAGCACAACGGAAAGCACAACUCCACCAACAUCAACAACGGAAGGAACAACAUCAACAACCACAACGGAAAGCACAACAACUCCACCAACAACCACAACGGGAGGCACAACUACUCCAUCAACAGCAUCAACAACGGAAGGAACAACAUCAACAAGCACAACGGAAAGCACAACUCCAUCAAUAUCAACGGAAGGAACAACAUCAACAACCACAGCGGAAAGCACAACAACUCCACCAACAACCUCAACGAAAGGCACGACAACUCCGCCAACGGCCUCAACGAAAGGCACAACAACUAUACCAACAACAUCAAAAACAACCUCAACAACUACGACUGAAACUCCGACAACAACACAUCUCGACACAACGUCUACAGAAGAGGUUACAACUUCGACAGAAACGCCAACAACCACACAUUUCCAAACAACAACAACAACAAAACCUACGCCAACCACAAGUUCUAGUUGCGAUAAAAUUGAAAUAGAUGGCGAUAACACAGGCAUGUACACGCUGACGACAAAAAUAUAUGGAAAGAACAUGCAGGAUGCAAUGAGAAGAAGUUCUGGUCCUGCAACAUCGACUGAAUUCCCGACUGGCAAUACACCGUUUCAAAUAGAAUUCCAAUCAACGCUAAUAGUUUUUGGUAUCACAUUGACAAUCGAUAAAGGAACAAAUGAAAUUGUCGCUGUUAUUGCUAGUUUUAAUGGAGAUGGCAGUAGUACAGAGUUGAGUAGGACAGUGUCAGAAUCUGGCAAAGCUGUAGUUCCGUUCUCCUUACCAAGCGAAGUAUCAGUUGAAAACAUUACUAUCAGGUUCAUUGGUGGCAGAUCUGUACAGUUGAGCACUAUUUUUGUAGAAAUAUGCUCAGAGGGUACAACUACUGCAUUGCCGUCGACCACUCCUACCGUAGUAACGUCAACUACACCUCAAGUUUCAUCAACACUUUCUACUUCGACAACGACUCUACCAACAUCAACGACCAUACCGACAACUACAGAAUCAACGACUCCCGAGGGAACGACAUCUACCACUACGGCUACCACUAGCACAACCACGUCUACGACCACUCAUAGCACAACGACAGAGUGUGACAUCCAAAUGAUUUCACAAGAUGACACGACUGAUGUUGUUUCCAGCACUACUGAUGGAAACGGGAAUGGAUUGACUGAGGCAUUCGUUCCCAACUCUGGCGUUUCAAAGCCGACAAUAAGCUAUACGAUUAAGGCUAUUAAUGAUGAUGUCAAAUUCUUCCGAUUUUCUGCCAAAGUAUGGAAUGUCCGAACUAUCCAAGUGUUGGUCCUUGACAGCAGCAACAAUCCUGUUGCGCCUAUCAAUCCCCGAGAGGUGUCAGUUUCGGGACCCUAUCCGAAAACGGUAGAUGUACGUCUGGUUGGUACUCCGGGUGUGACGGUGAAGAUAGUUCUUGAACCAACAUCAUAUGGUCAACCUAAACUUGAUGAAGUAGAGAUUGAUGCUUGCUUCACAUCAGUGACAACAACUACAAGUGUAACGACAACCGCAGUUCCUACAUCUACGUCUACUACUACAUCGACAACAACUGUACCAACAACAACGACCAUACCGACAACUACAGAAUCAACGACUCCCGAGGGAACGACAUCUACAACUACGGCUACCACUAGCACAACCACGUCUACGACCACUCAUAGCACAACGACAGAGUGUGACAUCCAAAUGAUUUCACAAGAUGACACGACUGAUGUUGUUUCCAGCACUACUGAUGGAAACGGGAAUGGAUUGACUGAGGCAUUCGUUCCCAACUCUGGCGUUUCAAAGCCGACAAUAAGCUAUACGAUUAAGGCUAUUAAUGAUGAUGUCAAAUUCUUCCGAUUUUCUGCCAAAGUAUGGAAUGUCCAAACUAUCCAAGUGUUUGUCCUUGACAGCAGCAACAAUCCUGUUGCGCCUAUCAAUCCCCGAGAGGUGUCAGUUUCGGGACCCUAUCCGAAAACGGUAGAUGUACGUCUGGUUGGUACUCCGGGUGUGACGGUGAAGAUAGUUCUUGAACCAACAUCAUAUGGUCAACCUAAACUUGAUGAAGUAGAGAUUGAUGCUUGCUUCACAUCAGUGACAACAACUACAAGUGUAACGACAACCGCAGUUCCUAACAUCUACGUCUACUACUACAUCGACAACAACUGUACCAACAACAACGACCAUACCGACAACUACAGAAUCAACGACUCCCGAGGGAACGACAUCUACAACUACGGCUACCACUAG